AGCAGAGUUGAAUUUUUCGAGAGCCUACACCAUCGACAGAAGAGGCGUGAACAUCAAUUGGCUCGCGCUGUUAAACAGUCAGGUAAUGUCUCUAAAGAUGGAAAUGGAUGUCAGUGGAGUUUCCAGGGCACCCAUCUCUGUUCUACCUGCUGCUGAGGUCAAAGCCUCCCUGAAGCCUGAACUAGCGGACAAACCUCGAUGUGCUAGCACCCCCUGCUCCCCAAUCAAAAGUACUGUUUCAGGAUACCAGAUUCUCCACAUGGACUCUAACUACCUGGUGGGCUUUACCACAGGUGAGGAACUGCUCAAAUUGGCCCACAAGUGGUCUUCAGCAACCAACGCCACCACACCCACAGAGAAAUCUCCAGUACCAGAAACCAAGCCCAUGGAUCUUGGCAUCCACCGGAUGUCUCGCAAAGCCAAAAUGCGGUACUACCAGCCCUAUGACAUCCCUGCCGCCAAUGGACGAAGACGGAGGCGCAUGCCCAGCUCAGGUGACCCCUAUCUCAGGUCCCUGUCGAAUGGCGAGCCAGGGAGAGCCCUGCACGGCCCCUUGCCCCUCUGCCUGCUCAAAGGGAAAAGGUCCCAGUCCAAGUCGCUGGACUACCUCAACCUGGACAAAAUGAGUGUCAAGGAGCCGGCAGACACAGAGGUGCUGCAGUAUCAGCUCCAGCACCUGACACUGCGCGGGGAGCGCAUGUUUACCAGAAACAAGACAUGAAGCAACAUAGCUGGGCCUGCCACCCAAUUACCCACCCCAAUAUGGGACAUGGGUGGUAUUUCGGGCUGUUUCUCCCUGUUUAGAUUAUAGGUGAUCCUUUAAGAAGACUCUUGUGAGGCCAAUUGAUCUUGUUAUAUUGUCAAGCAAAUGUGACAAGGCUUUCGGGGUCCAAGCUGUUGUAUACAUACAUAACAAACACUGUUCUGACACUGUAAAGGGUUGUUUAGAAACAAAAUGUGAAGUUUGUCAGGAUUAGCAAUAACUGGUAAUCUUAUUUAUUGAUGAGAUUGUGUGUUUGUAUGUACUGAAUGUUGGUGUGAAUGUUCAAAUGCUUGUGUAUCCCUUUUUAUACUGCUUACGGAUGUUACCAAGGCCUCUAUUGCAGAAAGAACAGCCUCUCUUUUUGCAUUUUGUUGCACUGUUAUACAUCUGAACAUGUUACAGACACACAUACCUACUGUAAAAAAUACAGUACAUGUUUAGCCCACAAUCUUCACAUCCAUUAACCACCAUAAGCUCUAGUAAUAACGGUAAACUAUUGUGUAUCAGACCCACAAUCUGCAUUGCUCUUUUUGCUCAUGAUUGGUAUGAGGGAAAUGUGGGCUUUAUGUAAACCACUGACUGUUACACAAUGAAAAGGUUAUUUAAAAGAGUCCUUUUUUAAGAGGAUUUGUGGGGAACAUCUUUGGAGUGCCUGUGGUAAAAUUAGCAUCUUACUCAUCCAGUUAACCCCUCCCUCCCAUGUUUGUGGCUUGAAAAUAAGAGGGAAUAAAGUUUAGUUAGGUGUUUUUAGAUUUAAUUCAUAGAUGUUACAGUUACAUGCCCCACUUAUUCAGUAUUUUUUUCUUCAUUACCAUUAAAAAGAUUUAGGUUAAAUGUGGAGUCUCGGUAAGUAGACGUCAUAUAAAGCCAUGUGGCUUCCUUGCUUGUAAACACCGGCUCAUUUCCGAUGUAGAACUGCUAUUAUUGUCUCUCCUCAAUUUAGACUUUUCCUCACCACUCUUAAACCCUCUGUGGAACACGCCCACAUUCUUCUUAUGUUAGAACUGUGUUUUGGGAUAAGAAGUUGUCACACUGUUUGAUAUUUGUCAUUCUUCUGGGUCUUCUGGAUUUGUAAGGAAACAAUUUGGUUUUACCACUUCAUGAUGGCGCCUAACUAUCGAAACCAAAGCAUGGUAUUAUGGGUGUCCUGGCAAAACUUGAUCAGACUUUGUAAUUCGGAGUGCAUUGGACACAUGACAAUCAUAUUCAGACUUAACUCCUUACUUGAAGUGUCCAUGACAAUGUCAUCAAAACAUUUGUGUUUGCAUGAUACCUUAUGAUAGGUAACUGCUGACCCUUUUUUAAAUAACUUACUGUUGUUAGUAUUUUUUUUGUUUUUUUGUCAAUGUUAUAUCAGUCAGUUGUAUCCAUCUCUGUGUUACACUAAGUAUCACAGGAUAAGGAAAGGUGGUGUUCAUAUCUAUGGUUUCAUGUAUCUUAAAAUAUUAACAAUACUAUGAAAGGUGACUGGAUCUAGCUACUCCAAAUUAAAUAUGUCUGUCUACAAUUAUAUUAUCAGGCCAUUUAUUGCACAGAUCCUUAUACAAUAGAUUAUUUAUCAGAGUGUCUGUCACCUUGACUCCACUAUUCUAGUUUUAUCAGUCAUUUUGGUUCAUGGUACAGAAACAAACCAGUAUUUACCUAAUACUUGCAUGGUGAAUAGUACUUUUGGCAAAACUUUACAUUAAGGUUACAUUAACAACAUAGCAAUACCUACAAUAAAAACAUUGUAUGAGCUUCUUUGUUACUAAAAAGUAGUAAUUGUAAGCAGUGUAGGUUAUUUAAAAAAAAUUACAAGCCUGUGUAUGGUGGAGAGGGUAUAAGGGGUAAGUAAGUGGCUGUUGUAAAGGGGAGUUUAAGGUUGUGAUAGCAAAGCAAGAUUUAUUUUAUUUUCUUUAUCCUAUUUAACUACAAUAUUAUUACCAUAUGUCUUGAUAUGUAUGGUAAUUAAUGUAAUCUUAACGUAAAGUGUUGCCAUAUUUGUCUUUGUAAAACAAUUACUGUUGGGAUUUAUUAUGAAUCAAUCAAGUCAUUAUUUGGUAUAAGUUCUGGUAUUUGCCAAUUCAAAUAGAUAAGUAGUAGUAGUACAUGUACUGAAUUGUUAAUAUUAUAUGUCUUCUUUCAAACUUUUCUCUUGUCAUUGGUUGGUGUACUUUUAUUUUGUCUUGCAAUACGUAUGAGAUAACCUGAUUGACUGAAAGUUAUCAAUCAGUGUAAUUUUAUCAUUGUAAUGGAUUUGUUUAGAAUGUGCUGGAAUGUUAUUUAAAGUAAGCCUUAACUGUUCAUGCCAUGUCGUAUGAGGUGUAUUGUCAUGUAAUUCAAGGGAAAUACACCAUUCAAGAUAUGAUAUUUUCAAAUAUAAAAUGUAUUGGUAAUAUCACAUUUCACAUAAAUUUGAAAAGAAUAGCAUAGUCAAUUCACCUAAUGUAUGUUGGCCACAUUUCUGGCACCAAUCAUUCAAUGUACUACAUUGUAGUUCAGAAAACCUUCCCCAAUCUUUUCUAUUUCAUCUGGGUCAAUUCAAUGCUUGACAUCACUACACUAUACCAUGAAGUAACCAGCUUCAUGUAUUUUAUGUUCAUUUUGUGGAUAGUGUUUGAAAGCACACGUGUAUUUUGAUUAAUUAAUUAAAAUUAAUUAUAGAUACAUGUUUUUCAUUUAUUCUUGUGAAAUCUGUUCAUAUAGCUUGUACUCUGUAGUUUCGCAGCUUCAGCGGUUAAAUUAUGUUUCAACUGUGUUAAUUCAUACCCUGCAAUGCCAAUGACUGAUGUAAGUUUUAUUUGUCUGGACAUUUAACCAGAUGCUGUGUGUUAUCACCAUUAUAUACACAAGUGAAUGUGUCAUAAACGAUUUUGAAAUAAAUAUUCU